CAGGCCUCUGAGGAGCUUUAUGUGAGAUAGAAAUCUGUCAGACAAACAUCUCUCAGACUUGAUCAAGGAGAAGCAGCUCUUCUGACUCAGUGUUGCAGUCUACAGUCAUUCGAGUUCAGGCACGAUGGACGGCAUUGUUCCUAAGAGCAAAGCAAAAGGCACUGACAUCUGUGCAACUGGUGACUGGUAUUGUUAUAUAAUCCGCUCUGAUCUCGGCUGCUAUAUGUGGUCAGAUAAUUUAAAUACAGGUUCACACAUCUCUAUUCUCAGUCUGCACCCUUCCUGCCAAAAUGGAGACCAUUACCUUGGUGAUGAAAAUGUCAACUUUUACAUCAUCAAGGGCAAUGAGUACCGCAGAGUCAGCGACCUGACGACAGACAGCAAUGCUGUAGUUUACAGCCUUCAUCCCAACUGCCAGGGUGGAGACUACUACUUCUCAGCCAAUUCUAAGUUUUAUAUCAUCUUCCAAGAAAAAGGCACUUAUCGAAUUACAACAGACAUGACUUAUGACUCAGAGAGUGUGGAAUACGACCUGCAUCCCAACCUCAGAAACGGGCUCUAUUACUGGGGUAUAAAAGGUGAAAUCUUCUUCCUCAAGCCAGGCUUAGAUUGGGGAGUUGAGUUCUACACCGGUACUGACCUCAGUGAAGAUAACCCCAUUGGUGUCUAUUCUGUUCAUCCCGAUGUUGUUAACUUCCUCCCUGGUGGGCUGUCAAUAACUAUAGGCCCAUCCUUUGGCAUUUGGGAGAAUAUUAAAACUAUAACUAAUGACAGCAAUACACCAGUGACAUGGACAAAGAAAAUCAAUAAAAAGGUGGGAUACAAUAAGGAGAAGAUGACUCAGAUCACACACAACUGGAACAUAGCCGCGUCAGCCUCGAUUGAAUCUGGAGCCCUUGCAGGGUUAAUUGCGAAGUGUCAGUUCUCCUUUUCUGCAGAAUAUGGAGGUUCUCAUGUCAGCACUGAAAAUGAAAGCUGGAACGAAAUGACUGAAGUGGAAGAACAACUCACAUUUGAGCUGAAGCCAAACGAGUCUGUAUAUCUGUGGCAGUACAGAAUGGAUCUUGGUCAAGAACAAGUGUUGUUCUGCCGUGAUUUAAGGAUCACUGAUGAUCCAAACCCUCCAACUAAAUGCCCGCUGCCACCCGCACAAUCAUGAAAACAUAUGAGGAUGCUUUAACUCCAAGGAUAAUCAAGUGCUUCAGUUAAAUACCUUAAUUAUAACUUCUCAAGUAAUUAUUUAGAUAUUGUCGAGCAGAGUCUGACAUAUGAGAUGAACUUUACUGAUAAAUUUCUGCCACAAGAACCACAUAAAGCAAAAGAACUUAGGGUUGAUAUGGUUGAUUUGAUCACUCAAGGUUUGCAAAAAGAGCAAGGCAAAAUCUCGAAGAAGCAAGCCAAAAAGGAGAAGAACUACGAGGAUGGAAAGAAUGAAGAUGGAUUCCAAGGCCAAAGAGAUGAUUAAACUGCUGAGGCAGCAACAGAAAAUUAAUUUGAAGUUGAUUAUGCUUAUAAAACAAUCAUAUGCUUUGAGUACUUUUAUGGGUGGAAUGGAACAGAUUACAAACGAGGUUGAAGCUUUGACAAUGGAAGCUUCAGCGCCGGUUGUUUCUGAAAAUUGUGUUUAAGGGAUAAAAGGUUAAAAUGAUGUCUAAACACAAUGUAUGUUUUAUUAUAUUCAGAAGUGUUAAUCGAAACUAACCGAGAUGUAUGUUUUUAUCUUAACUAGAAGUGUUAAAGGGAACUAACGUGAAGGUCUCAAGUUCAAGUGAUUAAAAAUGUGUCAAAAUUCAUAAAAUGUGACACAGACUACAAAAGGUGUUGUUUAGCAGUUUGGAGACUAUAUAUAUUGAAAACAUUGUAACAGAAGGUGGCCACACCUCGGGUGAAGACUUUAUCGUCUUUAUGUUCUGUUGUUUUAUUCUGUAUCUUGUUAUUAAACCGAAACCAUUGUAUUUGGUGAUUCGUAAA